CUCUCGUAAAACUUUCAAACGAUUUUUUAAAUAUCUCAACUACAAAUGAUUCCCAAUUCCUUUCUAAAUUUAUAUUUCAACUUGCACAAAUUAUCCCCGUUUCUCCAUCUCGAUUAUCAAUUCCUUCUAAUUUUAAAUUUAGCUCGAUUAAUUCAACUCGAGAUAGUUUGACAAUACCUAUUAUAAUUGGAACAGAAAGAAAUGGUGAAAUUAGAAGUGCAAGAGUAAUAAAUGAUUUAGAUACUUUGAUCAAGAAUCGUGAUAUUUCUCCAAUAGGAAUGAUGAAUUUGACAUCAGGAAUUGAUAAAGAGUUUGGUGCCCAAUGGAGUUCAAAUGUAAUCCAAGAAUUUUCAUCCUUAUUACUCGGAUUGCUUGCAGGAGUUGUUGCUAUAAUAAUAAUUUGGUAUUUAGUGACUAGAAAACAGAGUGAUGUUACUUAUAGUGAGAAAGCUAAAACAUGGUUAUGGUGGAUGAGUAUUAUUGGUGUAUUUAUUCAAGAUCUGGGUCAAUUUGUCGUUCAG